AUGAUAUGCCUGGUCAUUAUCAAAAACAAAGGUCGUGUACUCAAUAUUCCAUUUAAUGAUCGGGACAGUGUUGAACAAAAGAAAUCUAUUAUUCAACCUUUGUCAAGUUAUCCAGAUAAAACCGAACAAGAGAAAGAUUCAGGAUUAAAAAUAGAGCAUGAAUUAAAAACUACCAUGGAUGUAGAAAAUAAUAACGAGAUAGUAAAGACAACUCAAGAAAAGACUGAAACAAUAAAAACAGUAGAGGAAGAAUUGGAUGAUUUUUUCAAAUCGAUUGCUAAUGAAAAGAAUGUCGUAAAACGAAGUGUUAGUAAUGAAGAAAAAAUUAAUGAAUCAUUUUAUAAUGAUACGACUGAUCCUAAUACUCAAAAAUUCACAGAUAUUGUAAAUCAGAAUUCAGUUUAA